CGCGGCAUGGCCAAACCUCAGAUAGCCGAGGUGGAUGUCAACCACCCCAAGAAGCCGUUACGUCUUCGCAACCUAACAGCGCGUACUGAGAGCUACGAUGCGCUCCACCACAGCCAAGUCUAUCAGGCAGCCGUGUGUUCCAAAGAGGCAUGUUUGGGCAGCGUGGUCUAUCAGCAUAUCGCAAAGACAACUUUCACUGCAAGGCCGAAGGAUGAAGUUAUUCUUCACGCCAAGAACUUCCUCGACCAGUACUUCGCUUCUAUCAAAAGAGCGAACAGCCAGGCACACGUGGCGAGAUGGGGACAAGUCCAGGAGGAGAUUCAGGCCACCGGACACUACCAGCUGACCGAGACCGAGUUAGUGUAUGGAGCCAAACUGGCCUGGAGGAACGCUGCUCGCUGCAUCGGUCGGAUACAGUGGUCCAAACUACAGGUGUUUGAUUGCAGGUCGGUGACAACCACCAGUGGUAUGUUUGAGGCAAUUUGCAACCAUAUCAAGUACAGCACCAAUAAAGGGAAUAUAAGGUCCGCCAUCACGGUGUUUCCGCAGAGGACGGACGGGAAGCACGACUACAGGGUGUGGAACCCACAGUUGUUAGCCUAUGCCGGCUACAAGAACGCCGACGGGACUGUCACAGGAGACCCUAUCAAUGUGGAGUUCACAGAGGUGUGCACCAAACUGGGGUGGAAAGGGAAAGGGACUAGGUGGGACAUCUUGCCCUUGGUCCUCUCCGCCAACGGUCAUGACCCUGACUACUUCGACAUUCCUCCAGAACUUGUGAUGGAGGUGCCUCUAGUCCACCCUGAGUACGAUUGGUUUGGGGAGAUGGGACUGAGAUGGUACGCGGUCCCGGCUGUAUCCAACAUGAUGUUCGACUGUGGAGGUCUGCAGUUCACCGCUGCCCCCUUCAACGGCUGGUACAUGAGUACAGAGAUCGGCGCACGGGACUUGUGUGACGUCAACAGAUAUAAUCUUCUUGAGACACUGGCGACUAAAAUGGGCCUCGAUACGAGAACUCCGGUUACUUUGUGGAAGGACAAAGCUCUGAUAGAAGCUAACGUUGCAGUCCUUCAUAGUUUCCAGAUCAAUAACGUGACUAUUGUUGAUCACCACACGGCGGCGGAGUCGUUCAUGAAGCACUACGAGAACGAGCAGCGCCUGCGCCAAGGCUGUCCCGCCGACUGGGCCUGGAUAGUGCCGCCGAUAUCCGGCUCCAUCACUCCGGUCUUCCACCAGGAGAUGGCGCAUUACAAUAUUUAUCCUACCUACUCUUAUCAGGACCCUGCAUGGAAAGUACAUAUCUGGAAGAAAGGAAAAGAUGGAGCAAAAACAGGAAAAAAGCCCAGAAGAAAAUUCCAUUUCAAGCAAAUUGCAAGAGCUGUAAAAUUCACAUCGAAACUUUUUGGAAGUGCCCUUUCUAGAAGAAUAAAAGCAACAAUAUUGUACGCUACUGAAACUGGAAAAUCCGAGCAGUUUGCCAAAAAACUCAGUGAAAUGUUCAGUCACGCCUUUCAUUCCCAGUACUGUUGUAUGGAAGAUUACGACAUGAGCAGUAUAGAGCAUGAGGCGCUGCUGUUGGUGGUGGCUUCUACUUUCGGCAACGGAGAUCCUCCCGAGAAUGGACAGUCAUUCGCCCAGAGCCUGUAUACACUAAAGAUGGAGCACACAGGCGGUAUGACCAAUGGGCAUUCCUCCCCCUUAAACUCAGCCUCGUUCAUCAAGGCUAACAGCCAAUCCGACCACCUGCUGGAGCGUACGGGGUCACUGAGAGAGUCUGUCACGGACACAGAACUCUUCGGUCCCCUCAGCAACGUCAGGUUCGCUGUUUUUGCGCUGGGAUCGAGUGCCUACCCUAACUUUUGCGCUUUCGGCGCUUACGUGGACAACCUACUUGGGGAGCUUGGGGGCGAGCGGUUGAUGAAGUUGACAACAGGAGACGAGAUGUGUGGGCAGCAGCAGACCUUCGUCAAGUGGGCUCCUGAAGUCUUCCGGGUCGCUUGUGAAACUUUUUGUCUGGAUGAUUGCAACAAUGUGUUCGACUUGGCCAAUACGCUGAACAAUGUCCCAAUAACUGCUUCCACUGUUCGUCUUGUAGACUGCCCAUCUAUUGACUUAAAAGAAGCUUUGAGUAAAUACCACAACCGGAAGAUCUACCGAUGCAAUGUAGCCUGCAACCGCAACCUGCACGGUAGCAACUCCUCCAUCGCCACUCUAGGGGUGGAGCUGGACACGGAGGCGGGGGUGAAGUACGAACCCGGGGAUCAUGUAGGUGUCCUGGCCUGUAAUCAAACUGACCUUGUAGAUGGCAUCAUAGCACACCUGGACCUCUCAGAGUUCGACCCGGACAAACCGGUGGAACUGCAGCAUCUGAAGGAAACACAGACCUCUUCUGGAGUCGUCAGAACGUGGGAGCCCCAUGAGCGCCUGCCCCGCGAGUCCUUGAGAGUCCUGCUCACCAGAUUCCUGGACAUCACGACGCCACCAACUCCUCAAUUCUUGCAAUUCCUUGCGUCUUGCACGAUUGACCCGGAGGACAAGGACCAUCUUAUCCUCUUAGCAACGGAACCAACGGCAUACGAGGACUGGAGACACUGGAGAUUCCCGCACUUGCUGGAGGUACUGGAAGAGUUCCCGUCAGUGAGGCCACUCCCCGCUCUCCUGCUGGCACACCUCACCCCUCUUCAGCCGCGGUUCUACAGCAUCUCUUCAUCCCCGGCACUGUGUCCUAAUCAGGUCCAUCUCACCGUUGGGGUCGUGUCUUACCGCACUCAAGAUGGAGAAGGUCCUGUACAUUAUGGAGUUUGUUCCAACUAUCUGCAUGGAAUUAAGGAAGGCGAUCAAGUGUACUUAUUUGUGCGCAGUGCCCCAAAUUUUCACUUACCGGCGGACGAGUCCAAACCAGUCAUCAUGGUCGGCCCUGGCACCGGAAUCGCACCUUUUAGAGGCUUCUGGCAACACAGAUACGCUAUGAAGAAAAAGCAAGGUCUGAAGAAAGCAGGGAAGAUGACUUUGUUCUUCGGGUGCAGACUGAGAUCCUUAGAUCUCCACAAGGAGGAUAAGGAGAAGAUGGUGGCUGAGGGAGUUCUCGAUAAAGUAUUCCUGGCUUUAUCCAGGGAACCGGGCAUACCAAAGACUUACGUGCAAGACCUGAUGCGUGGCGAGGCCAAGUCUCUGUACCAUCAACUGGUUCAGGAGGAAGGUCACUUUUACGUGUGUGGUGACGUCACCAUGGCAGAGCAUGUCCUGCAGACUCUCAAGGUCAUUGUGCAAGCCGAGGGCAACAUGAGCGCUGACCAGGUCGAAAACUACAUGCUCACGCUCAGGGAUGAGAACCGCUAUCAUGAGGACAUAUUCGGGAUCACGCUGAGGACCACGGAGGUUCACAACAAGUCCCGGGAAACGGCGAGGAUCCGCAUGGCAUCCCAGUCGAAUCCCUAGCUAAGGAAGAAAAGCAGCCCGUUAAUUCUGGCUGCAGGACUGGUUCAGUCCAUCCGCACAUUCCUUCACAACCACUAGUAGGAGCUGCAGGGUCGUGCUACACUUUGUCUCCAACUUUCCUGUUCUAUUACUUCAAACAAUUGCAGCAUUUUGAUCAGAAAAAUACGUUACAUUUUACAAAGUCCAAUGCCGCAUUUUGCGUUAUGAUAUAACGCAUACAAUAUUAGCCAUAGUUUCUGAAAUUAUUAUCACACUAGGGUAAUACGUUCUAUCUCGUUUAAAUUGAAAGGACUGAAAUGCAAUAAAAUUAAUCGAAUAGGUUUUCACUGAAUUAAAUAUAGGGAAUUAACUUUUGGUCUUAAAAUCUGUUUCCGGAUAUUGAGACAUACUUAUAGCAAUAAAUAAUUAACUAACUGAAAUCGAAAUAACAAAAUAAAUUAUCAUUAAAAAGCUGUACACUCAUAACAAAUUAAAACAGUCCAUUGAGCUAUCAAUAUAGUUCAAGUUUAGUUUAUAAACACAAAUAACCGCUCUUUAUCUUUGAAGUUACACAUACAGCAAGUGCAUGGGAGCAAAUGUAAAAUUCAUAUGCAAUAUCCGAAUUUCUUAUCACAACAAAUUUUAUCAUUGGCAUUGUAUUCUUCAUUUUUGAAAAUUAUCCUCUUCAAAAUAUCCAUUAACUGUAAGAUGCUACCUUAAAGCCAAAAACAGACAACUGUAAAAACCCAUAAAUUUCAAUGAAGUGGCUUUUAAAAGUUGUUUUAAAGCUUGGCAAUACCUACCUCGAAAUGGACUCGUUUUUAUGGAGACCUUUUAGACAACCUUAAUUCUCAUUUUGAAUCUUGUAGCAUUCCGGAAUGUGCAAGAUCCAUAAUUGAUCUAAAUUGUAGUUAAACUUGUUUACACCACUUAAGCAAAUUAAUAUCAAGACUUGUUGGAAUAGCGUACUAUUAAUAAAUUUGUUUAACUCUUUGUAUAUAAAAAAUUAGUUUUUGUAUCUUAUUCCAAUUUCCCUGAGUUAUAUUUUGCCUAUAUACUGCGGCUUCAAUACUGAAUACUCAGUUUCGUUAAUAAACCAAAGUGUUAUAUUGAUCUUUGUGGCAUAACCAGCACAAAAAUAAUAGUUAAUACCCGUAAACAUGUUGUUACGGCUUCACUGUUCCACUGAAAAUUAAUUUAAAUGACCUUAUUCAGAAAUAACAUAAAGUAUUCUUAGUACUUUUAUAAAUAAAAUGUACACGACCCUACCGGCAUUCCAGUACAAAUUAUUUAGUGAUUUAGAGUUUAAUAACUUUUCAUAUUAUUUAUGUAAUGUUUUAGCCGCUAAUUUUAGUUUAAGAAUCUAUGAAUUUAAUGUUCAAUGAUUAGUUAAUAGUUACUUUUACUUAAAAGUUUACUUCUUUUAAAACAUAUUUUAAUAUAACUAUUCAUGUACUGUUCGUGAUAAAUAUUUGACUCUAUAUAAUUUAAAGUAGAGGUUGUAGUCAAUUUCUCAAAUAAUAAAUGAGCGUAUUUACUUCAAUAUAUUUAAAAAUUAGUCUUUUUGUGUAACAAUAUUUAUUAUAACAUGCAAGGUUAGUCUUAUAUUUUUCAUAGCAUUAAAGAACUACUUAUACAUAUUUUUAUAAUAGUAGUUAGUUACUGGGAUUAAGUGUAGGGAUAUUUUUUUAUUAUAUUUAAUGUUUUGGUCACACUGUAUAUGCCAGAUUAUUGAAGUUGUUUGUUGAUGCCACAAUGCGAAAUCUCGGAGUUAAUGUAUAAUAAUAACUUAAUACAAUGUACUUAUAAUUCAGUUCAUCUAAAUUUGGCUAACAUCUUAUUUUAAUAUACAUGUUGCACUGCAUGCUGUACACCUAGCUGGUAAUUAUGCCUUAACAUAAAAUCACAUUAGAUACUUAACAAAAUUAUAAGCCAUUUCUAGAAUGAAUUGAUUUUACAUAUCUUGAUGUUGUCUUAAACGUCAUAUAAAACACAUGUAUAAAAAUAAGUUAUAUAGUUAUAGCAAAAAGUUAUUUUUAGCUUUUUGUGUACGAAGUAUAUGUUUAUAAUAUCGUCUCCGAAUGCAAUUGAUUAAAACUCCAUUAAAUAAUAACAGGAGUUUUUCCAACGUGAAUUUAUCACAGUUAGUUUUGACUUUUUAAAACGUUUUUAUAUUUCACACUUAUGGUGUGAAUAAUUCCAUAACAAAAUAUUAUGUAAAUAGACUAUUAAUAAAACUCUACUUGUUUCAGUUGAUUUCGCUAAUAAAAACGUCAUAACCUUUCUUAAAUGUACAUCGCCUAAGACAUAUAGUAAUGUUUUUCUUGAUAUUAAUUAAUUUGAACAUAUCAAAUUAGCGUUACAUUUCACUAUUCUAUAUUUUUAUAAUUAUUUUAAAACGUUAGCUUUUGGUCAUAAUUAAGUAUUAUAAAAUUUGGACCGUUUUAAACCUCAUGGAGUAUGAUUCUUUUUAUUAUUUAAUAAAACAGUAAUAAACCCUUUAACUUGUUUAUCACUAAAUUUUAGGUUUGGUAUAUGGUAGUUUUCUUAGAUAACCCAUCAUGCUCUGGUCAUGGUACAUUGUGCCUUCCUUCGAUGCUGAAUCCUCAAAAAGGCUUAUACAGUUUUAUCCUUACUAUGAACAAAAUAUCGCAGCUACAAAAAAUAUGCCAAGGCCUUUUUUCUAAAAAUUAGAGUUUGCUUUUAUAAAAGACGAAAUCUACUCGAAUCACACACGUAUGCUUAAUUCAGGCAGUGUUAUUGACUGGUAAACAACUGAUGUAGUGAGCGAUAAGCUUGAAAAGUUUAUCUUUACUUUCGUUUGUACAUUUCAAAACUUAAAAAAGAUGUCUGUGCUUCCUUUGUAAUGUUACUUUUGAAGCGUACUCUUACUCGUAUAACAAUAUUCACUUACAUAUCAUAAUAGUAAUGCUUCACCAUAGCCUCAUAUUAUUUGCAUAGUACAUGUUUCCCAUGUCAGUUAAUCUUCAUGUGUGUGUAAUAUUUAAAUCUUAAAUACUAUAAGCUGUUAAGAUUUCGGUUAUCGUUGUUCUAAAAGCUAUGUUCUCGAACACUUCAUCAUUAUUGCGUGACACCAAUUUCAUGUUUCAAAGCUUUAACGGCUUUUCACUAUUAUUAUUGUGAUAUCAUCAUUAGAUUUACAUUCUUUUUGUACUUUUGUCCAUCAUAGAUUUCACUGCUAACACAUUUGGUUGCCUUAUAAAUGGAUCACUUAGAAUAUAGUGUUUUAUUUGGUAGACCAACACUAGUUGCUUGUUGUUUCCUAAAGUUAAGACAUAUUUUAAUGAGUCCUUCAACAUCGAAACCUUGUCAAUAAAACUAGUAAAAAAAUAUGCAAAAGUGGACGUGUUAAAAUUAUUCAAGUGAAUACUUGAGGAAGUCAACAAGUAGCUAUGUGGAUUUUUAAAUAUUCCAUUAUAGCCAAUUUGUGCUUAUAAGUUGCUAUGUAACGGCUUUGUUGUGUUUUGAUAUUAUGUAAUAAUAUUGAUGUAUCGUGGUGUUUUUAUAAAGAAUAUAAAUAAAAUAUUUAUCUGUUAUUUUUGGAAUAUCUUCUUGUAUACUUAUUGUUAAUUAGAAUCAUUGCUGUAACAUAAGAUUUGUGUUAUAUUUCCAUGAAUAUAUACAUAUUAGCGUAAAUAAAUCAAAAUAUUUUAUACAAAUAUUA